AUGGCCAAGCCUCCCGGUGGUGAACAUUCCCUGGCUAGCCAAGAUCGCAAGCUGUGGAUAAAGCUUUGGGCGUUGAAUACUCCACCAAAGGUUCGAAAUUUUGUAUCGCAAGUUUGUUCCGACGAUAUCCUUCCAACUAGAGCCAAUCUUCUCCGUCGUAAAAUCCAAGUUGAUCCGAUAUGCACCUUCUGUGGCCAGCAUGAUGAAACGACAGUCCAUAUUCUAUGGGAGUGCCCCCUAGCACGGAACGUUUGGGCUCUGGUCAGAGGUAAGUUGCAGAAAUGUAGUGCUGAUGCUUCGAACUUCUACCUCCUGGUUCGUCACCUAGUUGAUCGACUUGAUAGUAAGGAACUAGAAACUUGGGCAAUGCUUUCUUGGGCUUUGUGGAAUGCGAGGAACAGAUAUCACUUUGAGAGCUUACAUUCCCACCCCACUGCAAUCCUUCAGGGAGCCACAUCCUUGCUGGAUGAUUACCAACGACUAUCUGUGCGUCUCCCCAACCGAUGA